UUCAAAAUGAUUUGAAAUAUGAAACGACGCCGUAGUAUAUCUUUGCCUCAAUCAGUGUCUCCUCGAUCUCCCUCUUCCUCUCCCUGCCUGCGAUUUUCAAUUUCUCAUUUCGACUGAGAUCUGUCUGAAUUCAACAAUGGAGAACUCCAAGGUUCAAGAGAUUCUGGAGAAGCAGGUGCUGACAGUGGCUAAGGCGGUGGAGGAGAAGCUGGACGAUGAGAUAUUUGCGCUAGAUCGGAUGGACAUGGACGAUAUAGAGGCACUGAGGGAGAGGAGGCUGCAGCAGAUGAAGAAGAUGGCGGAGAAGCGGAGCCGUUGGAUCUCCCUCGGACACGCAGAAUACACCGAGAUCCCCUCCGAGAAGGACUUCUUUGCCGCCGUCAAGGCCAGCGACCGCGUCGUCUGUCACUUCUACCGCGACAACUGGCCCUGCAAGGUGAUGGACAAGCACAUGAGUAUAUUGGCAAAGCAGCAUAUAGAGACACGUUUUGUGAAAAUCAAUGCUGAGAAAAGUCCAUUCUUGGCGGAGAAGCUCAAGAUCAUUGUUUUGCCAACCCUUGCCCUCAUAAAGAAGGCCAAAGUAGAUGACUAUGUGGUAGGAUUCGAUCAGCUUGGUGGGACAGAUGAGUUUAGCACAGAGGAACUGGAGGAAAGGUUGGCUAAAGCUCAAGUUAUCUUUUUUGAGGGUGAAUCAUCACUGAAUCCGUCAAGAUCUGGUUCACAGGCCAGAAGGAGCGUCAGGCAAAGCGCAAAGUCAGAUUCAUCAGACUCAGAGUAAGCCAGUAUUGAUUAAUAUUGUCUUCCAAUUUUAGUCAGUCUGAAGGAUUAAAAGAGCUUAACCUUGGACGGCUACCAUUGGGAGCAGCCUAGUCUUUGUUGUGAUCAAAAUUUAAGAUGCAACAUUACUGCAUCUGAUAUCCAUGCUAUCAAAUUUGAAAUCAUUGCAGUGGUAUCGGUUCUUGUAUUAAUGUAAUUUCUCAAGGUUUUCAGGAAGAUGAAUCACUACUAGUAAAGUUUUUUAGCUUCUUGUCAUACAGCAAGUUUUGUGUUGCUCUCUUCACUCUUUAUGUGACGUUGGGAUCUCUGAUAUCAUUUUACUUUUUAUCUCCAAAGAGCUUCACCUCUC